AUGUUGCGGCUCGCCGGUUUGUUUUUCCUUGUCUUGGGAGCCUCUGCUGCCGUUAUCGAAGAGGAAGAGAAUGUUAUUGUUCUCACAAAGGACAACUUCGAUGAAGUGAUCAAUGGAAAUGAAUUCAUUCUUGUCGAAUUCUAUGCUCCAUGGUGCGGACAUUGCAAGGCGCUUGCCCCAGCUUACGCCAAGGCUGCCACUCAACUCAAGGAAGAAGGAUCCCCCAUCAAACUCGGAAAGCUUGACGCCACCGUUCACGGAGAAGUCUCUUCCAAGUUCGAGGUUCGCGGAUACCCAACUCUCAAACUUUUCCGCAAUGGAAAACCACAAGAGUACACCGGAGGACGCGACCAAGAUUCGAUCAUCGCCUGGUUGAAGAAGAAGACCGGACCAGUCGCCAAGCCACUCAAUGACGCCGAUGCCGUUAAGGAACUCCAGGAAUCCGCUGAUGUUGUCGUUAUCGGAUAUUUCAAGGACGCCGAAUCUGAUGACGCUAAGGCCUUCCUCGAAGUCGCCGCCGGAAUCGAUGAUAUCCCAUUCGGAAUCUCGACUGAGGACGCCGUCAAGAAGGAGAUUGACGUUAAGGGAGAUGGAAUUGUUCUCUUCAAGAAGUUCGAUGAUGGACGUGUUGCCUUCGACGAGAAGAUCACCCCAGAGACCCUUAAGACCUGGAUCCAGGCUAACCGCCUUGCGCUCGUUUCGGAAUUCACCCAGGAAACCGCCUCGGUCAUCUUCGGAGGAGAAAUUAAGUCGCACAACCUUCUUUUCGUCUCAAAGGAAUCGUCGGAAUUCUCCAAGCUCGAGACUGAGUUCAAGAACGCCGCCAAGCAGUUCAAAGGAAAGGUCCUCUUCGUCUACAUCAACACCGACGUUGAAGAGAAUGCUCGUAUUAUGGAGUUCUUCGGAUUGAAGAAGGACGACCUCCCAGCCAUCCGCCUCAUCUCUCUUGAAGAAGACAUGACAAAGUUCAAGCCAGACUUCGAUGAGAUCAGCACUGAGAACAUUGUCAAGUUCACCCAGAACUACUUGGAUGGAAAUGUCAAGCCACACCUUAUGUCUGAGGAGAUCCCAGAGGAUUGGGACAAGAACCCAGUCAAGGUUCUCGUCGGAAAGAACUUCGAGCAGGUUGCCCGUGAUCAGACCAAGAACGUCCUCGUUAAGUUCUACGCUCCAUGGUGCGGACACUGCAAACAAUUGGCUCCAACCUGGGAUAAGCUCGGAGAGAAGUACGCUGACCACGAGAACAUCGUCAUCGCCAAGAUGGACUCCACUCUUAACGAGGUCGAAGAUGUCAAGAUCCAAUCCUUCCCAACCAUCAAGUUCUUCCCAGCCGGAUCCAACAAGAUCAUCGACUACACCGGAGACAGAACCCUUGAAGGAUUCAGCAAAUUCCUUGAGACUAACGGAAAGGAUGGAGCUGGUGCUUCUGAUGAGGAUAAGGCCGAAGAGGAGGGUGAGGAGGAAGGACACACCGAGCUCUAA